GGCCAGGGUUCGUUCCCGCGAGUGCCUCCUUCGACUUCUUCUCCAUUCGGUAGGGCUUAAGGGUUUGAGGGGGUCUUAACUGUUCGGGGGCGAAAGCAACCAGAGUGAGCUCAGGAACAGCCCCAUGGCUAGUGCUCACAGGACGGGGAAGAGAAAAGGAAAUCCGUAUCCCUUGCUGCCUCCGGAUAUUGGGGAUGAUGAAAUUGAAGUAUCGGAUGAGGACUUUGAGUUUCUGAAGGAGAACCGAGAUUACGCGGGGUUUCUCAAGAAAUUAGACACCAAAUCCAUCACAAGGCAUGUGGUCAGACUCGCGGACGAUGAGAAAGAUGACGCGCUGGAGCUUCUUUAUGAGAAGCGGAGAAAGGUGGCCAUCGAGCCGACGGAAGAAGACGGACAUCACGUUGCACGUGUGGAUGCUCUUCCAAUCAAGACAUUGGAAGGAAAGUUAUGCUAUCGAACCGCCGUGGAGAAAACUGUGGGAUCCAAGAAUCUUGUUAAGGAUUUGGAUCCCAAGACUGGUGGCAGUGUUGUUGAAACUGAGACAAUGAAAAAGAAGCCCACAAAAGCAGAACGAAGGAAGCAGCUAAAGGAGCAAAAGAAACAAGCAAGGGCAGAAUCAAAAGAAGAAAAGAAGAGAAGUGUUACUCAGGAGAAAUCCACGUUGGAAGUCCUGGAAAGUGUAAAGCGAGAGCUUUCAGAAGAAGAGAUAUUUGAAAAGAAGAAGACUAAACUGGCUGAGGUUGGGACAAGCCUCCUUGUGGAUCCGGAGAAGAAUAUUUCAUCCUUGAAAGAACUUUUAGGGAUGUGUAAUGAUGAUAAUAAGACUAUAGUCAAACUUGGGCUGCUGUCAUUAUUGGCUGUUUUUAAAGAUAUAAUACCAGGGUACCAUAUUAGACUCCCAACUGAGAAGGAGCUUCAAAUGGUAGUCUCAAAGGAAGUGAAAAGGAUGCGGUACUAUGAAUCGAUGCUUCUGAACUCAUACCGGAUGUACCUCCAGAAACUCAUCACGUUAGAGAAACAAUCUUUCUUUCACCAUGCUGCCAUUCAUUGUUUAUGUUGUUUGCUUGAAGCUGUUCCUCACUUCAACCUGCGUGAAAGCUUGCUGGAUAUAGUGGUUAGAAACACAAAUUCUUCAGAUGAUGUUACAAGGAAACUCUGCUGUGAUGCUGUGAAAUCACUGUUUCUUAAUGAGGGAAAGCACGGUGGGGAAGCAACAGUUGAGGCUGUUGAAUUAGUUUCUGAUCUUGUGAAGUCUCAUGAUUGCCAGCUUCAUCCUGACUGCGUAGAGGUUUUCUUGUCAUUGUCUUUUGAUGAAGAUCUUGCAAAACCUGAGCCAGUCAAGGAGGAAGAGAAAACAAAUAGAAAGCGGAGAAGGGCAAAGCACGGCAAAGCAGAUGAAAGGCAAGUUAAUGAAAAGAAGCAAAUGAAGCAAGAAUUGCUUUCCAAGGCUAAAGACGAGGUUAAUGCAGAUUUUAGAUCCGUUUCAUUUGUUCCGGAUCAGUCUGAGCGUCGAAAGAUGCAGACACAGACUCUAUCUGCUGUCUUUGGAACAUAUUUUCGUAUUCUGAAACACAUAUUGGGGAAUGCUGUCUCUGGGUCACAUCCUGGUGUGAGAUCGGUUCAUGGUGCUUUUGCAGCACAGUCGCUUCUCCUCCCAUGCUUAAGAGGACUGGGAAAAUUUUCCCAUUUGAUUAGCAUAGAUUUUAUGGGUGAUCUUUUAAAUUGCCUCAAAAAGCUUGCUGCUGGCAGAGGAGCUGAUGCUACUGUGCAUUCUGAGAGUUACUUAACUGUCGCAGAGCGCCUCCAAUGCUGUGUUGUUGCGUUCAGGAUUAUGAGGAAUAAUAUGGAUGCACUGAACGUUGAUCUACAGGAGUUUUUUGUUCAGCUGUACAAUCUGAUCCUUGAGUACAGUCCUGACAGGGAAAAUCUUGGUGGUUUAUUUGCUGAAGCUUUGAAGGUAAUGUUAUGUGAAGAUAGGCAACAUGACAUGCACAGAGCAGCUGCUUUCAUCAAACGUUUGGCACCCUUUUGUCUUACUUUUGGUUCAGGAGAGGCAAUGACAGCCAUGGUCACUUUGAGACAUCUGCUUCAGAAAAACAGCAAAGCCCAAAGCCUAUUGGAAAAUGAUGGAGGUGGUGGCUCCUUGGCGGGUCCUAUAGCAAAAUAUCAUCCGGAUGCAUCAGAUCCAAAUCUGAGUGGUGCACUGACAUCGGUUCUAUGGGAGCUCAGCUUGCUUAACAAGCAUUAUCAUCCAGCUGUUUCAGCAAUGGCUUCUAGCAUCUCUAACAUGAACGUUAAAAACAGCCAGAUCUACCUCUCAACGCUGACUCCUCAACAAGCAUUUAGUGAGUACUCGGUAGACCAAGAGAAGUUCACUGGAUUAACAAAACCUCCCAAGACCAUCCGCAACCGAAAGAGAGUAUCUAAAUCAUCCACUUUUCUUUCUACUCACACAAGCAACCAAGAAUUCGUUGAAGAUGAUAAAUUGAUCAAAAGUUUUUCAGAUCAUUUUGAAGUGCUUAGAGAUAUCACUGAUAAUGAGAAACUGAGACGGGAGUUGGACCUCACGUUAUCCUCCUUACACUUGUACAAAAAGUUCAGAAAACAGAAGGAAAAUGGGCUCUGAGAUCCAAGAAAAGGGAUAAAAUUUUGACCUGUAAUUUUUAAAGAAUUAUUCAAUUUGUAAUUGCUGCUUUGGCUUA